GAAACAUGCUAGCAAUUUAUUUUAAAAACAUGGGGUAAAAAAAACACUUUAAGGCACGACCUCCUGUAGCUUAUAGCUCUUAACUAAUUUUGUUUGUAUAAGGAUAUGAUGACUAUUAUGUCGAAAAGUGAAAAGGCUGAGAGUGUUUGGUCACUUCAGUGUCUCAUCUACAGGGGUGCAGAGCUGCUAAACCCUCUGUGAAUAGCAGCAGCUACAGCUGGGCCAUUCCCGGCCUGCGCUGGGUCACAGGGAAGGAGCGUCUGUUCCCUGUUACCUCCAGCCGCAGCUCCAACCCAGAGAAAGACGCAGAAGGAGAUGGAAGAGCCAUCUGAUGAUUACAGUUUGGGUCGUUUCACAGAGCUGGAGGGAGCGGGACGCAGACCAAAAGCCUCAGUGGGGAGAGAACGGCCAUGACAGGAAGCUGCAGAGAUACAGAACCCAGCGUCUACCGACCCAUCUCCACCGAGACACAACCCAUGACCCAGAAUGCCACACCGGCUCAGAGAAGCUCAGCCAUCUGGCUGUGUCUGAUCGGUCCUGCCUCCACAAAUCACUCAUUUCACACGUGCCAUUAAGACUACAGAUCAAAGUGAACGGACAGAGAGGAGGAUUGGGAAUCUGUAUUGCGGGAGGGAAAGGCUCCUUGCCGUACAAAGAGAAUGAUGAGGGUGUUUUCAUCUCCAGAGUGUCUAAAGGUGGCCCCGCGGAGAAGGCCGGGCUUCAUGUUGCGGACAGAGUGUUGGAGGUCAACGGCCAAGACAUGCAGGAGGUCAGUCACCAUGAGGCUGUCAGCGUCCUGAGGAAUGCUGGCAGCUGCAUAAAAAUGAAAGUGCUCCGGGAGAGAUGCGUGCCCGUGGAGCCGCGAGAGCACGAGAGGUCUGACACCAUGGAGACGGACCCCCAGGUCAGCCAAGAGUGGGAUGUUACCUUGAGCAAUAACCGAUCAAGUGGCCCACAAUCCUCCGCUGAUCCCAUGCCAGAAUGCAGCCCAUUGACCAACAGAAUAGAAGCUACGGUCUGCAACGGAAACGGACCGAAUGAACCAGCACAGGAUUUACGGCCCAUGAAAGACAUGGAGACCUUCAGAAACAAUGCCCUACAGGUUGUGAAAAACACCAUGACGAUACCUCGGAUCAUUCUGACUCACCCUUCGACCUCAGAUGAAGAAGUGGAGCCGCUGACACAGGGCCCAGAUGAUGGAGAUUUUGAUUCAGACUUCAGUGAUUCAGACAGUCACAUCUACUCUGACUGCUUGAACAACGCUUUCUAUCCUCUGUGAAAGCCUCACACUAGGCUUCAGAUGUGCCUGUGUCCUUCGGUUAAGUGAGAUUGUUCUGGCUGUGGUCCACAUUCACUGGAGCAGAAAAUGAGUGAUGCAGGGAUCGAUACUUCAGGCAAACUUACCAUGAGUCCAUGAUGAGUCAAAUAAAACAAUCCGAACUGUUUAGAACAGUGACCACGUGUGAAAGAGAAAUAAAGUAAAUAGAUAAUAUUUUUGUAACAUUUACAUGCUCUUAAAUAGACCUUACUUGCUUUGUGUAUGCUUUAUUUAAAUGUUUUUACUUGCAUCGUUUAUAAGUUGCCAAAAAUGAAAUAAACGUUAAAAAUGUCA